GCCCGCCCGGCUGGCUGGGGAGGGCAGAGCAGCCUGCGAAGGAGCGGGCGGCCCGCUCGCUCUUCUUUCAGUUGCAUCAUUCUACUGAAGUGGAUGACUUGGGCUGUUAUCACAGUUGUAUAGUUCAACACCAUUUCGGAUGAAUGCGCUUUAAACAAAAUCUAGAAUCUUCCUACGUGGAACACCUUUCUAACUUGUAAAGGUUCAUGUUGGGGAGAGGCCUAAAACGCAAGCUGAGUGACUAUGAGGAGAACAUGGCUGGUCUCUCAAGUGCCUUUGAUUCCAGUCGAAAUCUGCCAUAUCCACUUAAGAGGCAGUUAGUGCUGAAUAUGUGCCUCACUAAACUACAAACUUACAAAAUGCUGGUGGAACCAAACUUACACCGUUCUGUGCUCAUAGCCAACACAGUAAGGCAAAUUCAGGAGGAAAUGAGACAAGAGAGUAGCCAGCAGCCAAUUAAUGUAUGCAAUGGCAUUGCUCCCAAUCCUUCCAGCUACCCAGGAAUUGAUUCAUCUGGAAUUUCUUUACAUUUGCCUUCAGGUAGCAGCCAGCAAGAGUCUAACUGUUGUAACUCGUGGUCUGCAGAAGGCCCAAUUGAAAAUAGCCUGCUGAUGGUUUCAGAUGAUGACAUGUCAUCUGCCAUUUCAUCUAUUCUGAAGGAUUUGGACUUCAUGGAAGAUAUAAGUCCACCUACUUCUUUGGUUCCAGCUGGAGAUGAUGAGCCGCCGAAGUCUCCUGAAAACACAUGUCUAAAACUAGAAGAUGAUAGACAAGAUUUGAAGGGAGCUGAAUGUGUUUUUGGUUCCUUUGAAAUUUCAAAUUCAACCAGUUACUUAAAAGAUUUGGCUAUAGAUGACAUCUUUGAAGAUAUUGACACUUCAAUGUAUGAUUCCGACUUCUGCUCUCCCCCACUAAUGGCACCUAGACCACCUUCUGCUGCUACAGAAGAAACAUUGAAAACCUUCCCAUCUUGCAAUUCUUCCUCAACAAACAAUAUUCCGAUAUGUAGAACAGAUCUGAGUGAGUUGGACCAUAUCAUGGAAAUUCUUGUUGGAUCUUGA